CCAUCGCCUUUGUGGCACCAGCAGGAAGUGUCGGAGGAGAGGUUUCAGGUACAAGCUACUGUGGCCAGAGAGCACCGGGGAUGAAGCUGGGGGCCGCCUGCCUCUUGUGCCUGAUGCUCGCCUGCCUGACCCUGCCCUUCACCCACUGCCGCAUCCGCCAGCGCUCCAUGGAAAUCAGGAAUCCUGACAUUGACCCUUCCUGGUACACAGGGCGUGGGAUUAGGCCCGUGGGGCGGUUUGGGCGGAGGCAAGCCCUGGGUGAGGGCCCCCAUCUUGGGGGGACUGGCUGGCAGCAAGCCUGUGCUCCCCACCAUCCACGCCCCCAGCCCCCUUGGGAGCAGCGGAGCCCAUGAGCA